AUGUACAAGUCUCUGAAGUUCGUUCUGGGUAGUUUCGAUUGCUGCGGUUUGGUGGCGGAUGACAUCUUUCAAGGAGCCGAUGAGCUUCCACACCUCCUUGGUCGUGAUCCGACCCGCCGGAUCCGAUGGUGUAAAGGCAUCGCCGCUUCGAAUUCGUUUCCGAUUCUCGUUCAGCGAGCCGACCGCGUCGAUGACGGCUCGAGCUUGGUGGUCGUCCCCUGCGAUGCUGGCGAUGGUUUCUUGGUUGUUUGUGGAAUGGGCCUCCCGCAGGUGGGUCCGCCAUCGAUCUGCGGUUACCUCCCGCUCGGUACACAACGCCGCAGGUUUAUAUCACGGUAA